AUGCAGUUCUCAGAUGGUUCUUCCGAUAUGGAAUGGCGACUCCAGCUCAGAGGCAUGGACAUUUCAGGUCCCAGAGAUAUUCACGUGGAUGCAAACGACACCUCCUUAACGAUCCAACUCAAGCAUUCUGGUUCCCUUAUGACGCUGAUGGAAACAGAUUCUCUCUUUGAUAGGAUAAAGUCGGCCGAAACGAUAUGGUUGGUUGCCCUUUUGAGGAUUCUUGUUGUGGACGGGAAUUUAGAUGACGAUCAGCUUGUCAUUAAUUUGAAGAAGCAGGAUCCCGAAUUGAAAUGGCCCGAUAUUGUGGAGUCUUGGGAGUCAUCGACUGCAGGGUCGACGCAGCUACUUAGAGGAACAUCCAUUUAUAUUGUCGGGGACUCGACGGAGAUUAACCACAAAGUGGCAAAAGAACUUGCAGUUGGUCUUGGGUACACGCCUCUCGAGACCAAGGAGUUGCUUGAAACAUUUGCUAAGCAAACAAUUGAUUCAUGGGUGCUUGCUGAAGGAUAUGAUGCCAUUGCUGAAGCACGGGAUGUCCUAUUAGAAAGCCUCGGUAGUCACGUCCGGGCUGUUGUCGCAACUUUAGGAGGGCAGCAGGGUGCUGCCCGAAGAGCUGAUAAAUGGCAGCACCUUUAUGCGGGAUUUACUGUAUGGUUGUCUACAACUGAAGCAACAGAUGAAGACUCAGCUAAGCAAGAGGCCAGAAGACACGUUGAAGAUGGGAGUCUAGGUUAUGCAAAUGCAGAUGUUGUUGUCAAGCUCCAAGGUUGGGAUGCCGAUUACUCCAAAACCGUGGCUCAAGCAUCUCUGAGUGCGCUCAAACGAUUAGUUUUAUCAGAUAGGAAGCUCCCAGAUAGGAAGAGCCUGUACAUAAGGUUGGGCUGCCGCGGGGAUUGGCCGAACAUCAAGCCCCCAGGGUGGGAUCCGUCAACUGCUGAUGAUUCUAUAACGUCUCCGGAUACAUUGUGAGAAAAUUCAAGUUGCCAGCACGAAAGCAAGGGCAAACAGAGAUUGUCAUCAUCCGGUUCUUCUUGACUUAGUGAAGUCUAAAUAGUCAAUUCAUUUAACUGAGGCUCCUUUCUCUCUUUCCCCACUUUUGUUUUUGUUCCUUCUUUCUUGUUAGCGAUAAUCAUGAACAGGUCAAUGGGUCCAUUCCAUCUAUGCUUACAAACUAAGCUAUGAGUGAAUAUAUACAUGAAUAUAUAUAUAGGUGUUUUGUCUAGUCAAUGGGUCCAUCCCAGUCACCAUCUCCAGACUCCUGCGAUGGUUGUUCAGCCAAAUCACCAGGACCGUGUAGAACUGGCAAUAGAAUUUUUUGACUGGCCAGCUUUCACGUUUCACAUCAACAAUAUAAAACUUUUAUGUAAACAUAGUAGCAUUAAGCACGAGAAUAGAGUACAAAAGAUACCACAUAAAUACACGGACGGUAAAGGCGAUGCCUAAAGACACCCUGCUAAACCAAAAGAGAGAGAUUAUUAGACCACAUUAGCAACAACUCAAGUUUCUCCUUUUACUUGGUAGUUAGCGACUACUUCUUCCGCAGGUCGCGAAAGUAGCCAGAAGGGUUCUUGGCGAACUCGUCCCGGAAGAUGCGCGUGUCCCUCCCCGGAGCUUUCAUGGUCUUCCUUCCGCUGGACCCGGAUGAGUUGCCCGUCAGACUCGCCACGCCAGCACCCACGGCACAGAUCACCAGACCGGCGAUCGCUCUCGCGGCCAUGGUAGCACCACUUCGCUCUCCAUCUUUGCUCUCGCUCCCGCCCAUGUUGAUUCUGAUUAAUGUCAAUAUGCCUUCGGAUAUGACAAGCUAUGAGAUCUCUGUAGUUGUCAGAAGUGUAGUGAUCUGUGCCUUGAUGCUUACAGUGAGAGGCUUUCUGGGUGAAUUUAUAGCGGCUUUGGAGUUUGGACUUAGAUUUACUUAAUCGUGAAGGCUCUGCUUUCUGAAAGACAGACGACAUUUACUUUUAGUAAAGUCAUUACUUAACUAACUUAUUAAC